AUGGCUGUACAAUCGUUGCGUUUGCGUUUUCCAUUAGAUAAUUCAAUGCGAAUUGUGUUUACCGGCUACUACAAUGGAUAUAAUGUAGAAAUAAAAUCUGUCGAGGAGAUGACACUCUUGUAUCACAUGGGAUGUUUCGGUAAAGGAUCUGCAUCACGCUCGCAACCAAAGGCUGCCGAAAAUCAUAAUCCGCGCAUUAUGCGUAAGAGACAAUAUUUAAAACGAAACUAUUGGUUUAAAAAGUUUGGCAGUUCUACAAGUACAGCUGAUGCUGAUAAUUUCAUGAAAGAUGUUGGUGAAAUAACAUCCAAAAUAAUAAGUGACUGUGAAAAGAAAUCGAAAAAAGAUGUCAUAGAUUUGGUGUCUAGUGAUGAGGACAAUGAUGAUCAAUCCGAUUUUACCGAUGAAGUGAGAGAAUGCACUGAACAGCUACAUAGUUCCGGUACAGAGGAUAUUGUUGUUGUAGUUCCAAACAGUGACUCCGAAGGAGAGAAUUUCUUUGAAAACAUGCAACCAAAAUGUUGUGUAAAUAAAAUUAAAACUCAAGAAAAAUUGAUUCUGUCACCACAGGAAGCAUUUUUUCUACUGUAUGGCCUGGGGUGUUUGCAAAUAGUAAAUCUUGAUAACACUUUAUUAAACAUAGAAAGUUGCUGGGAUUUGUUCACAACAUUGGAUAAACAUUUUAUUGCCAAAUAUGUGGUCUUUCAUUAUUACAGAUCUAGAGGCUAUGUGGUGAAACCAGGAAUUAAAUUUGGUGGAGAUUAUUUGCUAUACAGAGAUGGCCCAGCAAUAUCACAUUCUGAUUACAUAGUAAUUAUAAGACAUGAUAUAAAACCAGUUAAUUGGAUUGAACUGCUUGGUCAUGUACGCUGUGCACAUACUACAGUAAAGGACAUAAUAAUUGCUGAAGUCAUUGAGCCUGAAAAAUGUGAAUAUCAAUCUCCUGAAAGUUUAAAAGGUUACAGUGUAAGGGAAAUCUUGUUAAAUAGGAAUCUUCCAGUAAAUUUAAAUGAAGAUGGAUUCAAUCUCUAA